AUGACACACUUCCGCAUCGACGUCGUCUCAGACACCGUCUGCCCCUGGUGCUACGUUGGCCGCAAGCAAGUCCAGCGAGCCCAGCAAAUCUGGCAGCAGCGCUAUCCUUCUUCCUCCGACACCUUCUCGGUCAAAUACGCCCCCUUCCAGCUAAACCCAGAUUCCCCUCGGGGUCCUGGCAAGAGCAUUGAUAAGCAGGGCUACUAUGUGCAGCGCUUUGGCCCCGAGCGGACGGCCAUGAUCCAGGAUCGCCUUCGCGGCGUUGGCGAGGCCGUCGGGAUCAACUUUCGUUUUGGCGGCAGGGUUGGCAACUCGCGAGACUCACAUCGCCUGAUUCACCUGGCCAAGAAGCACGGCGAUGAGACGGAGCUCAAGGUCGUUGACGGGCUUUUCGCCGCGUACUUUGAGAAUGAAAAGGACAUUACCGACCACGAUGUGCUCAAGGAUGUUGCCGUCGGAGCGGGUAUUCCUGAGGCGGAGUUUAAGAAGGCUAUUGUGGAGAGUGAUGAGGGAGGCGAGGAGGUUGACAUGUCUGCUGGAACUGCGCGGUUCAGGGGCAUCAGUGGCGUGCCGGAUUACACGAUUCAGGGCAAGUUCAGGUUGAGCGGUGCUCAGGACGCCAUGGAGUUUGUCAACGUCUUUGAGAGAGUCAAGGCUCAAGAUGUUUGA